CAGCUAAGCAAUGUGGAAACAAGCAUUCAUCCGGUGGAACUCCACCGCGGCCGCCGUGGCGCCCGUGCAGAUCCGCCUGACGCUUUUGUUGCUGAGAAUCCCCGUGGUUUCCGCCGAUUUGCCCGUGUUCCAGCAGCAGUACUACAAGUACCAGAACGAGCUCUGGAAAAGAUUGAUGUGGACCUUUCCCAAGUGGUUCUACUUCCGGGAGGGCACGUUGGCCGAGCAGAAGUACCGCGAGUUGAACAAGGACCCCGUUUUCAACAAUCCGAACCUCGAGUUCACGGGGGGCCGUCCCGAAAUCAGGCACCAAAGAGACCGCCGAUUCAAGCAGGACGUGUUGUUGCCCAAGACCUACAAGGAGGGCGAGGAGACGACACAGGCGGACGCCAUGUCGCGCAAAAUCGUGCCCAAUCUGCGCACCACGGACGCGGACCGCCACAACGACGAGUCGUCGUUGGAGAGGAGGUUGGCCCGCACGUUGUACUUGGUGGUGAGCGCCGACAAGGGCCAGACCUGGGGUUUCCCCACGUUUGCCAGCGACGGGCAGGCGCUACAUACGACGGCCGAGGCGGGGCUCUAUGCGCUUGGCGGCACGCAGAUCAACUACUUCAACGUGUCGCCCAAGCCGUGUCACGUGCUUUCGGCCGGCGACAGCAGGGCGUUUUUCAUCAAGCUGCACAUCUUGUCGGGCGUCUUCCAGCCGGCGCCGAACACCGUGCACAAGUGGUUGGCCAAGGACGAGCUCGCGGCGCACUUGGACGAGCUGUAUUACAACGACGUGUGCCAUUUGCUCAGCGAGGUCUAGAGCCCGGGCUUAUCCGGCGGACGGUGUGGCGUCCGCACCACAGCAUUUAAUUGAGCAUGCGCUUGUACAUAGAGAAUAGAAGCCGCUGAACGUAUUGGGCUGGAGGUGGUGCCCGCUGCUGUGGAGUGCGGGGCAAGCAGGGCCACCCCGGUGUUUUGCACGGGCAGGGGGACUCUUUUUCUUGUGCUUCCUAUUGUUGUUCCUCUCCUCAUUGCACUUUGGUUUUGUGCUGCCGGGGCUGCUCUGGCGUUCCGGGGUAGACUAGUCCUCUCACAUCUCUCAUGAUUAGAGUUAGUGAAAUAGACUAAGACAUAGGGCAUAUAGUAUUAUAUUGAAAUAUAG